GUCCACCGUAAAUUAUAACCGAAGAAGAAGAACACGUGUUUCCGGUGUUUUCUCUUCAUCCCAUCCUGCAUGGGAAGCAGCCUGUCUUGUAAAUACAUAGUUAUAAGUCAGCGAAAGGAGUGAAAAUGGUUCGUAAAUUAAAGCACCAUGAGCAGAAGUUGCUGAAGAAGGUGGACUUCAUCAACUGGGAGGUGGACAACAACCUGCACGAGGUCAAAGUGCUGCGGAAGUACCGCAUCGAGAAGAGAGAGGACUACACCAAGUACAAUAAGCUGAGUCGUCACAUCAGAGAACUCGUCCAGAAAAUCCGAGACCUGGAUGAGAAGGAUGGCUUCAGAGCUCAGAGCACACACCAUCUGCUGGAGAAACUGUACAGUAUCGGUCUGACGCCCACCAAACAGAAUCUGUCCCUGACGGAGAAGGUCACAGCUUCUUCAUUCUGCAGGAGGAGGCUGCCCAGCAUCAUGCUGAACCUCCGUAUGGCUCAGAACCUGAAGACCGCCAUCACCUUCAUCCAACAAGGACAUGUGCGAGUUGGCCCGGAGAUUAUCACAGACCCGGCAUUUCUCGUCACAAGAAAUAUGGAAGAUUUUGUCACUUGGGUGGACUCCUCUAAGAUCAAGCAGCAUGUCCUGAAUUAUAAUGAUGAGAGGGACGACUUUGAUCUAUUGGCAUAAACUCUUUUCAUCACCCCGGAGGAAAGGACUUUACUGUCAAAUAAGGAAAUGGACACCUCUGAAUCUCCUACCAACUUGAAAAUGUGGGAAGAAAACAAGUUCUCCUAAACAAGGACAGGAGUAGAUUACACAUCGUUCACCAAACCUCUCUUUUAGUGGUGCCAGCCUUAACCAUUCAACGUUUCUGGAUUCAUCUCCUGCUCCUCCAUGAGAGCACACAGUCUCAGUUGUUUCCUCAUGUUCCCAGCAGAGCCCCCCCCGGACUGUUUUCCUCCUGUUGUGUGAACAUGAGCUGCAUGUGAAGAGCCCGUACCAUAUGGGAAAACAAUCCAUCUUUUUUUUUUUUAUAUUGUCACAAUGUCAGUAAAAGAUCAUUUUUGCUCCAUUCUAAUUUCUUAUAAAAAAUAUAGUAAAAUGAU